AUGCCUCUCGUCGCUUCAAACCCCAAGGACCGCAUCAUCCUGGGUCUCAUGACCUUCGGACCCAAGGAGUCCGAUGGCGCCCGAAUCACCGACUUGGGCACCUUUAACAAGGCCCUCGAUGUCUUCCAGACCCGGGGCUACAAUGAGGUUGACACGGCCCGCGUAUACGUCGGCAGACAGCAGGAGGCUUUCACUCGCGAAGCCAAGUGGAAAGAGAGAGGAUUAACUCUGGCCACCAAGGUUCAGUACCCUGGCACGUUGGGAGACCACGCUGCUAGCAAGGUAAUUGAGUCUGUUGAGACCAGCCUGAAGGAGCUUGGCACCGACUGCGUUGACAUUCUGUACAUCCAUGCUGCUGACCGCGCAACUCCGUUUGCCGAGACCCUUGAGGCCUUGGACAAGCUCCACAAGCAGGGCAAGUUCGUCAAGCUGGGCCUUAGCAACUUUACCGCUUUUGAGGUGGCCGAGGUGGUCAUGACGUGCAAGUACAAUGGCUGGGUCCGUCCUACCGUGUACCAGGGCAUGUACAAUGUCAUUACUCGCAGCAUCGACGCGGAGCUGAUUCCGGCCUGUCGCCGCUAUGGACUGGACAUUGUCGUUUACAACCCCCUGGCUGGCGGACUAUUUUCAGGCAAGAUUAAGUCCAAGGACAUUAUCCCUACCGAAGGCCGCUUCUCAGACAACCACGGCACGGGCGGAAACUAUCGCAAGCGCUAUUUCCGUGAGAGCACGUUCAAGGCGCUCCAGACGGUCGAGGCUGCAGUGGAAAAGCACGGUCUCAGCAUCAUUGAGACGGCGCUGAGAUGGACGGUGCACCACUCGAGCCUCAAGAUCAAGGACGGCAAUGACGGUAUCAUUAUCGGUAUCUCCAGCGUGGAACAACUCGAGGACAACCUUAACCACCUCGAGAAGGGCCCCCUGCCGGAGGAAGUUUUGCAGGCGCUUGACCAGGCGUGGCUUGUCUCCAAGGCUGACACGACUAACUACUGGCACCUGGACCUAGAAUACAAGUAUGACACCCGGGAUGUUCUUUUUGGCGCGGGGGCCAAAUGA